AUGUUUCAUACUAAAGAUCAGAUUUGCAGUGUUCCGUCUCUCGGCCUUAUUCGGCCCAUUGUUGCGAGUCCUAAAGGUGGUUCAAUUUUGGCCGGUGAAUCAACCGGCGGCAAAGACCAGGCGGAUCACAUGACUGUCGUGCCUUAUGGCUGGGCGGUUGUUUCCGUUGAUGUUCGGGAGGAGUCUUGCUAUCAUCCCCCGUCCUUGAAACCCAAGAGAAACAUGGCCUCGAACCACCCAAUCCAUAUCCAUCCUGCGCGGCCCCUCUACCGGUUCACCGCAACGGCCCUGGGUGCCAGCAUGUGGUUUUUCCUGAUGUACCGAGCUAAGAAGGACGGACCUGCUUUGUUGGGUUGGAAGCAUCCUUGGGAUCAUUGAACGUGCUGGGGUAUAAUUUGCAGUCAUCAUAUCAGGGUCUCUUGAGAGCAUCGUGUACUCAUAAACUAACUACACUUUCCCGCUAAUCUUGGGAUUGAAUGAGAUUUUUGUUUCGUC